AUGUCCAAUCAAGUGGCGACUGAACAAAUUGUUGGGCUGCUCCAAGCAACACUUUCUCCGGAGUCAGUUAAACAGGCACAAGAAGGGUUGGCACAACAGGCUGUCAUUCCAGGGUAUGCACGUGUUCUUCUAAAAAUUUUAUGUGAUGCCAAUUAUCCCAAUCAUAUUCGCAACAUCGCUGCUAUUUCUUUAAAGAAUUUUGUUAAGAUGAAUUGGUCUGGCGAGGGAGAUAUACCAAUAUCUGAUGAUGAGCGGGAAGAGUUGAGAAAUGCUCUUUUGGAAAUUAUGUUUCAAGUCCCGCAAUUUUUGCGAUCGCUUAUAACUGAGAUUGUUUGUCAAGUUAGUAAAUAUGAUUUUCCUGAACGAUGGCCACGUCUUGUCCAGUUACUCGCUGAAAAUUUGUCAAAGGCUACAGAUUUUGACCAACUUGUUGUUUCAUUGGGUACAUUAGAGCAAAUGAUUUCUCGCUAUCGACAUGAAAUGCGUUCUGAUUCUCUUUGGAGGGAAAUUAUUUUUGUCGUUCAAAAUGUGGCAGAACCAUUGACUCAACUAUUUUCUAAAAUGCAGUUCUAUCUUCCAGACCAAGAAGGGGGGACACAGCUUAGUCCAACUGACAGAAUUUCUUGGCUACAAAUUGUGCUUGAAUUAACACGAAUUUAUCAUUCACUAAUUUCUCAGGAUCUCCCAGAAUAUUUUGAGGAUAAUCUUACUCCUUGGAUGGAGGGAUUUUUGCAAAUGUUAAGUUUAAAAUUGCCUGAACAAAAUUCACAAUUAACUACUGAUCCGACUGAACAUGAUAAACUUUGCACUGAAAUAUGUGAAAUAGCAACAUUAUUUUCACAGCGAUUUGAAGACUGUUUUGUUCCUUAUACUCAACGAUUCAUGGGCACAGUUUGGAAUCUUUUAGUCUUUGCUGAUGGAAAAAUUCGAUUUGAUGCGUUAGUUAAUUCUGCAUUGGGUUUUCUUGCUGCUAUCUGCCAACGUCCACAAUAUGUUCCAUAUUUCCGGGAUGAGGGCGUACUAAAGGCAAUUUGUGACAAUGUUAUUGUAAAGAAUUUAACUCUGCGUCCAGAAGACUUUGAAAUUUUCGAAAAUGAACCUUUUGAAUUUUUGAAACGAGAUAUUGAAGGUUCUGAUUUGGAAACUAGACGGCGCGGUGCAUUUGAAUUUGUGCAGGCCCUUUGUAAACAUUUUGACAACGAAUUGUGUGCUCUUCUCUCAAAUGUCAUUCAGGAUUUUCUCGAAAAAUACAAACAAAAUCCUACGCAAAAUUUUGUCUAUAAAGAUCUUGUUUAUUUUUUGGUCAGUGCACUCGCAUCGAAAGGGUCUACAACACGAAGUGGAGCAACUGAAACUCGUCAAUUGAUUGAUUUAAACCAUUUUUAUCAACAAAAUGUCCGACCUGAUUUGCUCUUUGGUUCAAUAAAUGAAUUGCCAAUUUUACGUUGUGAUGCACUUAAAUAUUUAGUGCUCUUUCGCAAUCAACUCAGUACUGAUCAAAUUAUUGAAUGUUUUCUUGGAGAAAAUUGUCAAUUUGAAACUUCAAUAUUUCGUUUUCUUUCUUCUAACCAUUUUAUAUUACAUCAUUAUGUAGCUUAUGCAAUUGAACGUUUAAUUCUAAUGCGAGUACAAAACUCUAAGGAUUUAUUGUUUACGGCUUCAAAUUUUCAACUUUCAUUGGUUAUCGAUAGACUUUUUAAUUGUUUAAAUUCUCCUCAAGGAUAUGAGACUCAUUAUAUUAUGAAAGCUUUGAUGCGAUUAUUUGUUGUCAUGGAUGAUGAAUUGUCACGUUCCAGUGCUCAUAUUUACUUAGGCAAACUCUCCCAAAUUGUUGCUGAUGCUAUACGAGUACCUAAAAACCCUGUACUUGUUCAUUUUCUUUUUGAAUCAAUUUGUGUUAUAAUUAGAAAAGCUUAUGUCAAGGUUGAAGGAGGUGUGGAUAAAUAUAUUAUUCCAAUGGUUGAGUCAAUAAUUCAAAAUGAUGUUGCUGAAUUUAAACCUUAUGCUUUUCAACUUAUUGCUCUUUUACUUGAUCAAUGUCAACAAGAACGUGAGAAAAACGCUACAGUGAGCCAAGAUGCUUAUAUUGCUUUCUUUCCCUCACUUUUACGUCCUGACUUUUGGGCACGUUCGGCAAAUGUUCCUGCUCUGAUUUUAGUUUUUGAGUCUUUUAUUCGUUGUCUGCCACAACUUCCUUUUGGUUCUGAAUAUUCUGAUCAAGUUUUAGCAAUUUUUCAGCGUCUCAUUGCUUCAAAAGCUUAUGAUCAACAAGGAUUUCGUUUAGCAAAUGCUUUGCUUCCGCACUUGGAUACAUACGAAAAAAUGACCAGCAGUGCUGUUUUUCUUGCCAUGUUAAAUCGAAUGCAUCAAAACAAGACAGCUAAAUUCUCAAAACAAUUCACCAUUUUUAUAUUUCGUUAUUCUGCUAUAAAAGGAGGAUUGGCAUUAGCUAAUUCUUGAACAAAUUCAA